AUGGGAUUCGGGGAUAGGUGGAUAAGGUGGAUCAAAUAUAGUAUCUCCACAGUUAAAUUCUCAGUUCUAGUUAACAGAUCCCCAGUGGGGUUUUUCUCUCCUCAAAAGGGCAUCAGGCAGGGCGACCCUCUCUCGCCGUUCCUCUUCAUCCUUGCCAUGGAAGGAUUUAGCAAAAUGAUUGACAAGGCAAAUCAAUUACAAUGGCUGAAGGGUUUUGAUGUAGGCAGGGUUUUUGAAAAUUCAGUUUCUAUCUCACAUCUGCAUUAUGCAGAUGAUACGUUAAUUUUUUGUGGCGCAGAGUCAUCCCAAGUGCAAUACUUAAAUCUCACCCUCUUAAUUUUUGAGGCACUGUCUGGUCUCCAUAUCAACAUGCUAAAAAGUGUACUUUACCCAGUUAAUGCAGUUCCUAACCUAAGGGAGUUGGCAGAUAUACUAGGUUGCAACAUUGGCUCACUACCUGCCACUUACCUGGGGUUGCCCCUAGGUGCAAAAUUCAAAUCAACUGAAGCUUGGAAUGGGGUCAUUGAGAAGUUCGAAAAAAGGCUCGCUUCCUGGCAGAGGCAACUAAGCAGGGACAAAGACUCCACCAUCUCAAAAUACAGAGAAAAUAGCAGCUGGAACACUUUAUUCAGAAGGAAUGUCAACGACUGGGAACUUGAAGAACUACUGACUCUACUUGCAAGAUUGGAGGAGUGCAUGUUGGAUACACAGUCAGCGGAUAGAUUAAAAUGGGGGAACUCAAAGGAAGGAAUUUAUUCAGUGAAGGCAGGUUAUACUCACCUCCAUGCUCAAAAUGAUUUGAUCAAUAAUUGGCCAUGGAAAUUGAUCUGGAGAACUAAACUUCCAACGAAAGUCAUAUGCUUCACUUGGAUAGCAAUUCGGGAAGCAUGUUUAACUCAGGACAAUCUCCUCAAAAGAAGCUUUCAGAUUCCAAACAGAUGCUAUAUGUGUAGGCAAGCUGCAGAAACCACCAACCACCUUCUUUUGCACUGUUCAGUUGUCUACGACAUUUGGUGUAUGUUCUACUCUAUUUUUGGGCUAAGUUGGGUCAUGCCACAAAGUACCAAAGAAGCGGUUGAAGUUUGGAGCUCAUUGAAAGCUGGCAAAUCCAUCAAGAAGAUCUGGAACAUGAUACCAGCAUGCAUUUUUUGGGUAGUAUGGGCAGAAAGAAAUCGUAGAUGUUUUGAUGGUUUAUCAACUUCAAAUCAUGCACUCAAGGCUAAAUGUUUUUUACAACUCUUUAGUUGGUGCAAACUCUCCCCUGUAAAUUCCCCUGAGCUUUUUUUGGAUUUUGUUAGCUCCCUGGAACUAUAG